AUGCAUACGCAUAUCAUGCCGCCAUCCUUGCCCGACUUCUCCAAAUACCAAAACGACACCAAGGAAGAAAGUCAAGGAUGGAUCAACCUUCGUCCACAUAAUCCUCCAAACACGAACGAGCAAGGUGGCGCAAUAUCCAGCAAAGUGGAUAUGUUCGUGGGCGAUCAAUUCUUCCGGACAGUAGAGCCCAACUGCUUCGAUCCGGCGGCGCGCAUUGCAGAAAUGGAUGCCACCGGAGUGGAUGUCCAGGUGCUUAGUACAGUGCCCAUUCUGUUCGCAUACGAGAAGCCCGUCAGCCCUGCUGCAGAGAUGGCCCGGCAUUUGAACGACCAUAUCGCGUCCAUCUGCCAUAACUAUCCCCGUCGCUUUGUGGGCUUGGCCACCGUGCCACUGCAGGAUGUCGACACUGCUGUUGUUGAGUUGCGCCGCGCAAAGACUGUCCUAGGGCUAAAGGGCGUCGAGAUUGGGACUGAGAUUAACGGACGGCCCCUGGACAGUCCUGAAUUCGAACCCUUUUGGAAAGCCUGCGAGGAUCUGAAUGUCCCGAUCUUUGUCCACCCUCUAGGAUAUGAAUACCAGCGAGAGAACAAAAGUAGAUGGGGUAGUUACUGGUCUGCGUGGCUGAUCGGAAUGCCUAGCGAGACUGCCCUGGCAAUGCACGCCAUAUUCUCCUCCGGCGUUCUUGUACAGCAUCCAAAGCUGCGAUUCUGUUUUGCACACGCCGGCGGUGCUUACCUGCCACUACUCGGACAUAUCCGGCAUGGGUACGACUGUCGCCCAGACCUGGUGGCACACAACUCCCAGGGAAUGGCUCCACAGGACUACCUGCAGGCGUCCCAGUCCAACGUCUGGAUUGAUAGCCUGGCGCACGACCCGGAUCUGUUGCAGUAUAUCUGCAAGAAGAUCGGCUCCGAUAGAAUCGUCAUGGGCAGCGACUAUCCCUUCCCGCUCGGCGAGAUGCCGGUCCCGGGGAAGAUGUUCACAAGCGACGAGCAGGUUCACGCCUUUUUGACGCAUCGAGAUAGGGCGCAGAUGCUGGCAGGCAACGCGAUUGAGUUCUUGGGGCUGGGGGAUAUGUUUGCGCAGAACUCGAAGUCUGUAUCAGCUCAGCGGAUGCCCGUUCCAAAUUAG